CACUCCUUGCCACGGUCAACACCUCACAGAGAUGAAGCCAUCACCCUCCGAGCCCCAGCUUCCGUAGCAAUCCCCUUGUAUUAUCUUCCAAUUCAAGUUCUGGAGCUCUGAGAAACAGGACCACUACAGUAGUUGGUUGUGCUGUGUUGUGUUGUCUAUAGCACCCUGACGCCACAGAGAUCAGCAAAGAUCAGAAGAUCGGAAGUCAGCAAAUAUCCAAGACAUCCGCAACCAUGAAAUCGGGACGACACUCCAGAAAACGGGCCCAGACUGGACAAUCUGCCGAUGGAUGCUGGCGCAGUCGACAUGGUCAAAGGAGACUGGGCUGGUUGGUUGGCACUUUUUCACUACUAGCCUCGGAAUCCAAUGCCUACAGUACCGUAUCCACAAAACCCGGUCUUUUUGGAUCCCCCCGGAGUGGCAAUAAUUGGCGACCACCAAGAAAGCAAAAUGGUCAGGAAAAGAGACCAUCCAUUCGUGUUCCUUCGGUCCUGAGGAUGGUCCUGACAACUCCCGAGUCCAUCAUUGAGCAAGCUUCCACUCAGAAGCUAUUGGAUAUUCUCAUUGAUGAAAGUGUUCGAACCACGGCCAGGAGGCCCAUCAUGAUGCAGUUUGAUCCAUCCAGUGGCUGGAUAUGGAGAAGAUGGAAAGGGACGGUCUUCUCUGAAACCUGGAUUUCCUGUGUUCGAAAUGUCGUAUAUGCACUAGUCGUCCUUUACAUCUAUCGAGCUGUACCUCGCCUGCAUGAUGCCCUCACUGGAUUCAGCACUCUCUGGGCACAGCUUCUGUCGGUCACUACUUUUACACUCACCUUCUUUGUGAACCAGUCCUAUGCACUCUGGCGAAAAUGUUAUGAAUACAGUAGACGGUUACAGGGGCGACUCCAUGACAUUGACAUGACACUGGCGGCCCAUGCAGCACGAAAGAUGCCAGCCAGUCCCAGUGAAGCUUCCACCUAUACAUCGGCAUCACGGCAAUUGCUGGAUCUGACGGCACGCUAUGUCCGAUUAUUCAAUCUGCUAACCUAUGCAUCCUUCACGCGAUCACAUCGUCCAAUACUGACUCCACGAGGUAUGAGGCGAUUGGUUGAAAGAGGUUUGAUGACUUCCCAAGAACUGGAGGUAUUGGUGGAAGCAAAUAUCCCAGCCACGCAGAGACACAAUUGUGUCUUGAUGUGGAUAGCCCGAGUGUUUGUCGAAGGCAAGAAGGCCAACCAUUUUGAAGGUGGAUCAGGCAUGGAGCAACAGUUCAUGGAGAAGAUCCAUGUGUUGCGUGCACAGUACGGAGCCAUCGGAGAUGAAUUGCAAGGAAGAAUGCCUCUGGCAUAUGCACAUAUUGUUCAGGUGCUCGUUGAUUGUGUAUUGCUCAUGUACCCACUGAUGGCGUUCAGCAGUGGCAUGUCUCCAAUACUAGGAGUUCUGGGGACGGGGUUACUGACUACAUCCUAUCAAGGUCUCUUUGAUCUUGCCAAACAAUUCCUUGAUCCAUACGACAACGAAAAUUAUGGUAGAGGGGAAGAUCCGUUGUGCGUGGAUACAUUGAUAGCUGAAUCAAACGCUGGAUCGAUCCGAUGGAUGUACGGUUUUGAGCAAAUGCCCGUUUCUUCGCAGAGAAUUAGGGAUGGAGAGUUGUACGACUAUCUACUCCCGGUUCGGGGAUACACAGUGGAGGAAUUGGACAAAAUGGAGCAGGAGAGGCUGCAAAAGGAAAAAGAGCUCAAGGAAAUGCGUGAACGUGAAGAAGCAGAACGUAUACAAAGAGAGGAGGCCGAGCGUCUUGAACAAGAAAAACAACUUGAAGAAGCCGAAGAGGAGGAGGAGCCGGAAGAAGAAGUAACUGUCCAGAGCUUCCACGAAGACGACGAUGGUCAGAGAUCUGAGUUGAACGAUGACAUCAACGAAACAGCAACAGGCAUGCAACAAUUGGACACAGAAUCAUUUGCGAGGGAAUUUCCAGUGUUUGAAACAGAUGAUUCUAACAUCUCACAGCCCUCGAGUCCGUCGGACAGACUCAAUGCAACGGGGACAGCAUUAUCAACAAAUGCUACGACUAGCGAGUCGACCGCGCAAGAAGACUUGUCUUCCUCGGUACACAAAGUUACAUCGUUGGGAAGCGGAAUUCCUGUGUCGAUGUCAGACGACGUUGACGUUGACGAUGCCAUGAAUGUCACAGGAGCUUACAUGGACGAUCCAAAUGAUGCAGAGGAGAUAUCUCAUGUCGACGAUGCAUCCGUUCCACGGAAUGAUUCAUCCUCUGAGACUAGUAGCAUACCGGUAAAUGGCGAUUUGGAAGACGACAAUGUCAUUGCUUCAGUUCCGGUGUCGACAAAGGCCAAUGGGGAAGGCGUCGAUGACGAUAGUGCUUCUGAGUCUUUACAGCACAUGGGAGAUGCAGAUGAUGAAGUGGGGGGCAUAGACCACGAACAAGAGAUGCAGGAAAUUGAGAUGGCCGAUGACGUGGACAUUUACGUUCCCGAGAUGGUGGAGUUCGAUUUUGAAUCGUUGAAAGAACUUCCUUGGUUUGACGAGGUUGGUCCGGAUGGCCAAGAAGUAAGGCUCAGCCAAAUGCUUGCUGAAGAAGAGUGGGAAAGUGAAGAAAGUCUUGCAGCUGAGGCCAUUCUAAGCAAAGAAGAGCUCCUUGAAGUGGCAGAGAGCGAACGGCGUGAAACGGAAUUAAUCAUGUCAGGAUCACCGCAGGCGGAAGCUAUGGCAAUGGCCUCUUCAGACAAGUCGGCGGCACUUCCUGGAUACGAUCAAACAAAGCUUGAUGGCAUAUCUCAGUUAUGGGGACUGCAACCGGGUGAGCUUGACCUUCCUGGCCCCUCGAUUUCCAGCGAUGUACUGCCCGAAAGAAACGAUUUUGACGAAGUUUCUCAACUCUGGGGGCAGGAUAUCAAACCUUCUACAGCUGGUGAAAACCCGUCUGUUGUCGGUUACUCUGAUUCAUGGGGAGGGACCACCGAGAACGGCGGACCAGAAAAGCUCGCAUCGGACUCGUCGAGAGCUACUAGUACGUACAGUCCAACGAGCGACGACACGGAGAUGUACGGUGGAAAUAUCCAAAACGAAGAAGAAGCGUAUGACUUUGCCGCCUACGGGGUGAUGGACUGGGACGAGGACGGCGGCCAAGGUGACCGCCUCAGUCAAAUCCUCGCGGAUGAAACUUGGGAGAGUUACGACGAGCCUCUAACUAAAGGGCCCAUCAAGACGCUUGAAGACUACACAAAGAAAGUAGUGGAAAUACUUGAAGCUGCCGAAGAUGAACUCUUGGAAACAGAAGCCAUCCUGAGGGCACCCCCUGGAGCUGACUCUGUUGCCAUCAUGGAGCGGGAGGGGGAGGAUGAGCUGGUUCUGCAGACCAUAAACGAAACCAGACCAGCUGAUCUUCCAGAGUUUACAGACGAAGAAGAAGAGGACACAUUGGGAUAUGAUGACUUGGAGGCGCUCUCAAUGGAUGUUGUAGAACAAGUCGUGAACACAACCGAUGCAAAUGCUACUGGAAACUAUCCUGGAGAGCUCUCAAUUGAAGAUACUAUAGACGCAUCCAGCAACACCACGCAUCCAAAUCCGGCUGCAGCGUAUCUCGCAGAAUUGGGGGCAACAGCGCAGGAGUGUAACGACGACGACGAAGAACCUUGUAUCAUCUUCAACGAAACGGAACUGAGCUCUUCCAACGUUAGCCGUAUUGCUGACGAUGAAAGCGACGGGACGGGAGACCCUUGGGGUGAAUAA